AUGUCUACUUCCCCGUCUGAUAGCGAGACUUUUUUCGUUACCGAUAACAGCCAAAACGACUCGGACACUGAUUUUAUAUCGGGAUACGUCUUCAAGGAUCAAAAUAACGACGAUGUUGCCAGUGCAACAGCUGGUAAUGCAGAGGAGCCGAACGAUAGCUCUCUGCCAUACGAAGACGAGCCUAUAGCAGAUGAUGUUUGGCUUGCCAACUACAAAGAGCAAAAACGAAAGCAAGACGAGCGGCGCAAAGAAAUGGAAGGUCGUUUGGAGCAACCUGAUUCUGUGCAUAUAUGGUAGGUGACACGAAAAAUGUAAAACAAAGAACAUUUCUCAAAACCGAAUACUAUAUCACUACAGUCUAUUUAUACAAAUUCCUUUUACGAUUUUUGUUAGGUGUAAAUGUGGUAAUUGUAGCACCGAAUUGUUGCAAAAUAGUAAAGAAGCACAGUGCUGUAUGGAGAUAGAUGGCUGUGUUGAAGCCAUAAACAGCGAUCAAGUCCUCAGCGAAGUCGAUAGUCCACCAAGUUGUGUGACAUUUCAUCCUGGGUUUAACCCCGUUUGUUUAGAAACCUGGUCACUUUGCCAAGCAGGACGAAAGUAUCGAAAGACUGACGGGAUUAAAUACCAUAAGUCAGAUUCAGAGAACAGGUAAGAUAGAGAAUAUUCUUGGGCAUUUCACGGUAGUGAAUACUUGGGUUUUAUUUGCCGUAAUUAUUUAUAUUGGGAUUUAAAUCAAUUGUCAAAAAAAAAUUAACAUUAUGUUGGAGUUAUGGUUGGCAAUUCAUUAUUUGACAAACAAAGCAGUGGCGGAUGAAGAAGGGUUGUGCCCAAAAAUAUUACAUCAGACACUUGUGUCACUGACAUGCUGUUUUGUAUCCUUGAAAACUUAACUGGUAAAUUAAUCUUUUGCCCCAUCACCCUCAAGAGCUUCCUAGUGACUUUGGUGACCCAUUGUGCACACUCCAAUAAUUAUGUUGUUUCCAUGCAUUUCUUUACUUUAAAUAGUAUUCAUGAAGUGCCUUUGACUUUCCAUUAUAGACAUCUUCGUGCAGUUUCAUACAGGGAAUUUACAUACCUGGUUUACGGCUACCUGGGACAACAGAGAUAUCCAUUACCUGCAUGUGAAUAUCAUGCAAUUAGAAAAAAAAUUUUGGAAGACAAAGAUUCUACAUGUACAGGUUAUGAUGAUGGACAAUAG